UGGAGGCUCGCUUUCGCCGAGCGCACGCAUGCGCAGUGCCGGGUGGUUAUGACUAGACAUUCGGUCAUAGGAGCGGUGUAGGGGGGCGCUCGAGCCACGUCGGUGAAACAAAUCAACGCUCGAAGGCGGAUCACAAACAGGGUUCCUUCUGCUCAUCAAGGAGCAGGAGAUCCAAGACGAUGUCCACACCUGAUCCUCCCAUGGGAGGCACCCCCCGCCCCGGGCCAUCUCCCGGUCCGGGUCCCUCUCCCGGUGCUAUGCUGGGCCCCAGCCCCGGUCCCUCUCCAGGCUCCUCUCAUAGCAUAAUGGGUCCCAGCCCCGGUCCUCCUCCCUCUGGACUAUCCCAGCCGGGGCCAUCGGGAUACGGUCCGGAUAACAUGCACCCUCUACACAAACCCAUGGAGGGCAUGCAUGAGAAGAGUCUGGGUGAGGAGAGCCGUUUCAGCCAGAUAAAGGGAAUGUCUAUGAGACAGGGAGGGCACAGUGGGAUGGGCCCCCCACCCAGUCCUCUGGACCAACACUCACAAGGGUACCACUCUCCAUUAGGUAGUUCGGACCACUCCAGUCCUGUUGCUUCAAAUGGGCCGUCGUCUGGCCCUCUGAUGCCAUCAGCUUCCUCUUCCUCCUCUUCAUCUGGUCCUGGUUCUUCCUCAGCCCCUUUAGAUGUCCCCAGUGGAGAUCAACACACAUUAGGGCCUAAUGCCAGAUCCGGACCUCCAGGUAGCUCUGGACCAGGCCCUAGCCCCGGACCCAGUCUUGGCUCCAGUGUCUCAAGUCUUGGUUCUGGCCUUGACAGUGGUGGACCUGGUGGUCCAACUCCCUUCAAUCAGAACCAGCUUCAUCAACUCAGAGCCCAGAUCAUGGCCUAUAAGAUGCUGGCUCGGGGACAACCUCUACCGGAUCAUCUCCAAAUGGCUGUCCAAGGAAAGAGGCCGAUGCCAGGGAUGCAGCAGCAGCCUAUGACCAGCCUGGUCCCUGGAGCUGGUGGAGGACCAGGAAGUGGACCGGCAGGACCAGGAUCAGGACCUGGGCCAAUGGGCUCUGGCUACAGCCGAGCUCAUGGGAUGAUGGGUCCCAACAUGCCUCCCCCUGGUCCUUCUGGGACCCCAGCUGGAAUGCAAGGACCAAACCCAAAUGGGCCCCUCAAAUCCUGGCCUGAAGGUCCCAUGGUGAAUGCAGCUGCUCCGUCUAAUGCACCCCAAAAACUGAUCCCCCCUCAACCCACCGGGAGACCCUCUCCUGCCCCCCCUUCAGUUCCUCCUGCUGCCUCCCCCGUUAUGCCCCCACAGACCCAGUCUCCUGGCCAGCCAGCACAGCCUCCUCCCAUAAUGCCUUAUCACACCAAGCUGAACCGCAUCACCCCCGUUCAGAAGCCCUGUGGCCUCGACCCUGUGGAGAUACUGCAGGAGAGGGAGUACAGGUUACAGGCUCGUAUUGCUCAUCGAAUUGCUGAGUUAGAGAACCUACCCGGUUCUCUGGCUGGUGAUCUACGUACCAAAGCCACCAUAGAGCUCAAAGCCCUUCGACUGCUUAACUUCCAGAGACAGCUGCGCCAAGAGGUGGUGGUGUGUAUGCGGCGUGACACGGCAUUGGAGACCGCUCUCGAUGCGAAGGCCUAUAAGCGAAGCAAACGUCAGUCCCUAAGGGAAGCACGCAUCACAGAGAAACUGGAGAAACAGCAGAAGAUUGAACAAGAGCGCAAACGAAGACAGAAACAUCAGGAGUACCUCAACAGCAUCCUGCAGCAUGCCAAAGACUUUAAGGAGUAUCACCGUUCAGUUACGGGGAAAAUUCAGAAACUGACCAAAGCUGUGGCCACCUAUCACGCCAACACGGAGCGGGAGCAGAAGAAGGAGAAUGAGCGUAUUGAGAAAGAGAGAAUGAGGAGGCUCAUGGCUGAAGAUGAGGAGGGUUACCGUAAACUGAUCGACCAGAAGAAGGACAAGCGCCUGGCCUACCUGCUGCAGCAAACUGAUGAGUAUGUGGCCAACCUGACGGAGCUGGUCCGAGCCCACAAAGCUGCUCAGGCUCUGAAGGAGAAGAAAAAGAAAAAGAAGAAAAAGAAGAAGAUGGAGAACGCCGAGGGCCAGACUCCUGCUCUGGGGCCUGAUGGAGAGCCUCUGGAUGAGACGAGCCAGAUGAGCGACCUGCCUGUGAAGGUCAUCCACGUGGACAGUGGGAAUAUACUAACAGGUGUGGACGCUCCCAAAGCUGGACAGCUGGAGACCUGGCUGGAGAUGAACCCUGGCUAUGAGGUUGCUCCACGCUCAGACAGCGAAGACAGUGAGGAUGAAGAAGAGGAGGAGGAGGAAGAGGAGGAGCCUCAGCCUUCAGCAGCGCCAGUGGAGGAAAAGAAGAAGAUCACAGAUCCUGACAGUGAAGAUGUGUCUGAGGUGGAUGUCCAACAUAUCAUUGAGAACGCUAAACAGGACGUGGAUGACGAGUACAGUGGAGCUGCGUUUGCUCGAGGACUCCAGUCGUAUUAUGCUGUGGCUCACGCCGUCACAGAGAAGGUGGAGAAGCAGUCCACCUUGCUGAUAAAUGGACAGCUCAAACAGUAUCAGAUCAAAGGUCUGGAGUGGCUGGUUUCUCUUUACAAUAACAAUCUAAACGGGAUCCUGGCUGACGAGAUGGGUCUGGGUAAAACCAUCCAGACCAUCGCACUUAUCACGUACCUCAUGGAGCACAAACGGCUCAACGGACCCUACCUCAUCAUCGUGCCCCUCUCGACUUUAUCUAACUGGGUGUAUGAGUUUGACAAGUGGGCGCCAUCAGUUGUGAAAGUGUCCUACAAGGGCUCUCCUGCUGCUAGGAGAACGUUCGUGCCCCAGCUGCGCAGUGGAAAGUUCAACGUUUUACUCACCACCUAUGAGUACAUCAUCAAGGACAAACAAGUGUUGGCCAAGAUACGAUGGAAGUACAUGAUUGUGGAUGAAGGCCACCGCAUGAAGAACCAUCACUGUAAGCUGACCCAGGUCCUGAACACCCACUACCUUGCUCCAAGGCGGGUCCUGCUGACUGGGACUCCACUGCAGAACAAACUUCCUGAGCUCUGGGCGCUCCUCAACUUCCUUCUGCCCACCAUCUUUAAGAGCUGCAGCACAUUUGAGCAGUGGUUUAACGCCCCUUUUGCCAUGACCGGGGAGAAGGUGGACCUAAAUGAAGAAGAGACGAUCUUGAUUAUUCGCCGCUUACACAAAGUGCUACGCCCCUUCCUGUUAAGGAGAUUAAAGAAGGAAGUGGAGGCCCAGCUUCCAGAGAAGGUGGAGUACGUCAUUAAGUGUGACAUGUCGGCUCUCCAGAGGGUUCUGUACAGACACAUGCAGGCCAAGGGGGUCCUGCUCACCGAUGGAUCAGAGAAAGACAAGAAGGGUAAAGGAGGCACCAAGACCCUGAUGAACACCAUCAUGCAGCUGAGGAAGAUCUGUAACCACCCUUACAUGUUCCAGCAGAUUGAGGAAUCUUUCUCUGAACAUUUAGGAUUCUCCGGUGGGAUCGUCCAGGGUGCUGAUCUGUACCGAGCAUCGGGAAAGUUCGAGGUGUUGGAUCGAAUCCUGCCAAAGAUGAGAGCCACAAACCAUAAAGUGCUGCUCUUCUGCCAGAUGACCUCACUCAUGACCAUCAUGGAGGACUACUUUGCUUACCGCAGCUUCAAGUAUCUGCGUCUGGAUGGCACGACGAAGGCUGAGGACAGAGGGAUGUUACUGAAGACGUUCAACGAUCCGGAGUCUGAGUACUUUAUCUUUCUCCUGAGCACCAGAGCUGGAGGUCUCGGGCUCAACCUGCAGUCUGCCGACACUGUGAUUAUUUUUGACUCGGACUGGAACCCGCAUCAGGACCUGCAGGCUCAGGACCGAGCCCACCGGAUCGGCCAGCAGAACGAGGUGCGAGUGCUUCGUCUCUGCACAGUCAACAGUGUGGAGGAGAAAAUUCUGGCAGCAGCCAAAUACAAACUGAACGUGGACCAGAAGGUCAUCCAGGCCGGCAUGUUUGACCAGAAGUCUUCCAGCCACGAGCGCAGGGCAUUCCUGCAGGCCAUCCUGGAGCACGAGGAGCAAGACGAGGUCUGGGGCCAAGAAGUCAUGAAUGAGGAGGACGAGGUGCCGGACGAUGAGACGGUCAACCAAAUGAUCGCCAGGAGUGAAGAAGAGUUCGAGCAGUUCAUGCGUAUGGACCUAGACCGGCGCCGGGAGGAGGCCCGUAACCCCCGGCGAAAACCUCGUUUGAUGGAGGAAGACGAGCUUCCCACUUGGAUCAUGAAGGAUGACGCUGAGGUCGAGCGACUGACCUGCGAGGAAGAGGAGGAAAAGAUGUUUGGGCGUGGCUCUCGGCAGAGGAAGGAGGUGGACUACAGCGACUCGCUGACGGAGAAGCAGUGGCUCAAGGCGAUCGAAGAAGGCACGCUCGAGGAGAUGGAGGAAGAGGUGCGCCACAAAAAGACGACCCGUAAGAGGAGGAGGGACCGCGAUCUGGAUGCCCCCGGUCCCUCCUGCUCUUCUGGUAGCCGAGGACGAGGGGACAGGGAUGAUGAUGGGAAGAGGCAGAGGAAGAGGGGACGGCCUCCAGCUGAGAAACUGUCCCCUAACCCCCCCGCCCUCACAAAGAAGAUGAGGAAGAUUGUAGACGCCGUCAUCAAGUACAAAGAUAGCACCAGCGGGCGCCAGCUGAGUGAAGUGUUCAUCCAGCUGCCAUCUAGAAAAGAACUGCCAGAAUAUUACGAACUGAUCCGCAAGCCGGUGGACUUCAGGAAAAUCAAGGAGAGGAUUCGGAGUCAUCGCUACCGCAGUCUGGGGGAUCUGGAGCGAGACGUCAUGCUGCUCUUCCAAAACGCUCAGACCUUCAACCUGGAGGGUUCCCUGAUUUACGAAGACUCCAUCGUGCUCCAGUCUGUGUUCACCAGCCUGAAGCAGAAGAUCGAGAAGGAGGAGGAGAGCGACGGGGAGGAGAGCGAGGAGGACGACGAAGAUCUGGAGGACGGGUCUGAGUCUGAAUCACGCUCAGUCAAGGUGAAAAUCCGCCUGGGCAGGAAGGAUAAAGGCGGAGAGCGAGGGAAGGGACGCAGCAGACGCUCGGGACGGACCAGAGCCAAACCCGUCGUCAGUGAUGAUGACUCAGAGGAGGAACAGGAAGAGGAGCGCUCCCCCAGCGGCACUGAUGAGGACUCCUAAACAGGAGGAGGCACAAAAGGGACGUUCCACCAAAAUAAAAGCACCACAUCAUCAUCCAAACACGCCUCAGUCAAAUGUUGGUUCACGGUUCAUUUCUGCUGCUCGUGACUCCGAUGUUAAGAAAUAGAGAAAAUCGUCCAGUUUGAUGCAUUUAAAUGUGUUUUCUUAAACCUUACAUGAUUGUUGUUGCUUGAACAAUGGACUGAAGUGAAAGGGUUCGGGUCACAGAUGUAGAUAAAUUAAUAUUAUUUAUGAAUGUGAUAGAAACUGUUUCCAGCUGCGGUGCUGAGCUGUUUGGGUCGGUGACCCGACCCGCCGUGGCUGCCGGGUGUGCCCACCCUCCUCCACAGAUGUGUAGAAACUCACCACAGUCAUGUGACUGAGGCGUAACGGAGGUCAGAGGUCAGUGGCAUCAACAACCCGCUGCUGCUUCACUCGUUCCACUUCCAGCUCAGAUCCUUUCUGCUGAUUGUAGUCAUGAAGAAUAUUUGAGAUGUGAUCCAUCGACGGCACCGUAGAUUUAUUAGCUCUUCUUUGGGUUGUUGUGUGGUGAUGUUGGGAUUCAUCUUCCUCUGCACCUUUCAUGUUCUCUCUUUUUAAGACGAAGGACCAGAAGGAUAGCGGCUCCUCUCUGCUUGUGACUGCCUCGAGGCUGGAUGGUGUUGGAUAUACUGUGAAGAGUACUUAUAGGUUAUAACAACAGCUUGCAAGUUCAGUACUGUACUUCGCUCUGGUUACAGUAGGUACCCGGGGUGAACCAAAGCUUUGAUGUUUUCUCCACUUCUGUCCAUGUUGCGUUGUAUCGCUGUCGCCCGAACUCAGAAUGAAACAAUAAAAGGUUGACGUCA